GCAGUCGCCUUCGCUGCCGCCAGGCCUCCACUGCGCGUGGCGAUACACUUGGCUUUCUUCCCAUCUACAACGCCAGUCAAUGUAUGUUUCUCCUCGGGAGGUGGCGGUGUUCUACCUCCCGCUGGGUGGUGAGAUCUGGCGCCGACUAGCGAGCUUCUCCCCAACCAGGUACCUCCCACCAGCGGAGCACCGCCCCAGCCGGGACAAGCUCUAAGCCCCCGACUGGUCUUCCGGCAAGUGUGAUAGAGUAGAUGCUGGAGGCAUCGAUCAGUUCGCGAGCCACCCUCGGCGACUGGCUGCUGUUGGCAGCCGGAUUCCUGCUCGUCCUCUACGUCGUGGGCACCUGGAACUUCGACCACUUCCAAAAGAGAGGCAUCCCGUCCACGAAGCCCACGUUCCCCUUCUGGGGGGACUUCGCCCCUCUCCUCCUCGGACAGCGCUCCUUGCACGACGUCGUCCACGACGUUUACAAAAGGGGAGAGGGGCACGGAGUGUUUGGAUCGUUUGAACUAAAUAAUCCUGUUUUAAUGAUACGCGAACCAGAACUGCUGAAAGUGGUGUGCGUGAAAGAAUUCGACAGUUUUGUGAAUCAUCGAAGUUUCGCCAGUGAGAAGGUUGAUCCAAUAUUUGGGAAGAAUCUUAUUAAUCUCAAAGAUCAAACAUGGAAAGACAUGCGAGGAACACUGAGUCCUGCAUUCACCACCAGCAAAAUCAAGGCGAUGUUGCCUCUUAUGACUCAAUGCGCUCAACAGCUCACGGAAUAUUUGCGCGAAAAAUACGACAGCAGUGAGGAAGGAUCUAUGAAGAAACCUUUAGUUUUGGACAUGAAAGAGAUUUUUUCACGAAUGACAAAUGACAUCAUCGCCACUACGGCAUUUGGGAAAACGGGCAUCCGGAUCCUCAACACGGAGGCGACCGCCUUCUUCAGGGCUCUGGUGCACGGCACCAUCCGAGAGCGCGAACAGCGGGGCAUCGCGCGCCCAGAUGUGCUGCAGCUGCUCAUGCAGGCCCGCCACGGCAAACUCACCGCGGACAAGGCAGAUGCGGCGGAGGCCGAGGACCUGGGAGGCAGCGCCAAGCCACUGUCGGACGACGACAUAACUGCGCAACCUGUUAUCUUCUUCUUUGGGGGAUUUGAGACGGUCACAUCAACAUUGUGUUUGGCGACGAUUGUUCUCUCCCAUCAUCCUGAUAUCCAGAGGCGCCUCCAGGCAGAAGUGGACGAGGUGAUGGAAAGGACCGACGGGAGGCCCUCCUACGACGACAUUCAAAACAUGAAAUACCUCAACGCGGUCAUGAGUGAGCUUUUGAGGAUGUAUCCACCAAACGCAACCACAGAUCGUGUCUGCCAAAAGGACACUAUUCUACCUGCUACUUCAACAUCCAAAGCUAUUGCGGUAACCAAAGGAACCAUUCUGCACCUUCCCAUUAUUGGUUUGCAUAUGGACUCGCAGUACUGGAAUGAACCGGAGACGUUCGAUCCUGAACGAUUCAAUGACGAGAACAAACAUAAAAUCAAGCCCAAUACAUACGUACCAUUCGGCGUGGGUCAGCGUUUUGCUUUAAUCGAAAUAAAAGCGGCGCUAGUCCACCUGUUGAGCGCGUUUGACCUGCACCCAAGCGCCAAGACGGAGUACCCUGUGCGGUUCAAACCUGGCGCCAACCUCGUCGCCAGAGGCGGCUUCUGGUGCGGCCUCUCGCCGCGGGAGAUGUGAGGAAAGUGCCGUUAGUGGAAUUAUAUGUACUUUGAUUUACAAUGUGCGUGAGUGUACUAAAUGAGUCUACCGGGCUCGUUGAGCAAACGUGUUACCAUAACCAAAGAAAUUGAGCAUCAUGUUCAGUGAAACCUGUAUUAAGCGACCAGUGUUCAUUCAGCGAUAAAACUGGUCUUUUAGAGGGGUGGUCGGUUAAUAGAGGGAUGUUAUUUUUGUUUUUACAAAAAACGGUAUAUUAUUACUAGACAUGGAUGUUAAAAAAAGUGCCUGCUUUCCCCAAAUGAACAUAUUUAACGAUUUCUGAUAAUAGUGCAUUUGGUACAAGUUAACGAAUUUUGAAAAAUGAAGUUUUUUUUUGCAGUUUGAUUUUGCUUUUUUAUGUCUACUUUCUUGUAAGUGUCUUUUCAGACACAUUUACCAUAUAAAAGCAUUUCUUUUUAAAUCAAUUCCCUUGUAUAAAAUAAACGUUUAAAUGAUUUUCAGUUUUAUAAGAACUAUUUUCAACAGUUCCAUAGUUAUUCUCUUUCAAUAGUUCCUUCAAAAGUUUUUAA